AUGGUGAAUGUGCUUCUUGAUCUCAGGUGUGGGUUCUUGGCUUUGGCUCUGUGGUGUGGCUUCUCCUCUGUAGCUCCGUGCUUCGGCGAACGAUGGAGAAUCCUGGUGUGGGCAGUGAAGCUUCGCUUGUGUUUAGGGAGUGGUUCGGGGUUCUCUUGGCUUCGUUGUUCAGCGGAUUGCAGCGACGAUGCUCCCCCUUCCAAGCUUGAGUGGGAUACCUUUGAUGUUGGAUGGGCUCAGUUGUUCGUGUUGGAUGGAUUUAAUGUUCCGGAAGACAAGUCUUCACUUACGGAGACUCAGAAGAAGGCUCUGGAGGAGAAUCAACAAAAUGAUUCUCAAGCAUUAUUCUGCUUGCAGCAAGCUAUGGCAGACGCCAUUUUUCCACAGAUUAUGGGCCCACCAACUGCGAAAGAAGCAUGGGACACAUUGCAGAAGGAGUUCCAAGGAACAAUCAAGGCACGCACUAUUAAACUACAGAAGCUCAGACGAGAUUUUGAAAAUCUUAAAAUGAAGGAUAAUGAGACUGCAAAAGAUCACUAUUCUAGAAUUAGAGAAAUAUCUAAAAUUAAUCCGCGGUCUCAAAAAUCUAAAGCUGAUGGGAGAAAAUCACUAGAAAAUUUUAAAAGCGAGAGUUAUCAAGAAAAACAAAAAGAAAAUAACGACAAGUAUUCUCCAUGUGGCAUUUGUAAAAGAAAAAGUCACUUGGAGAAAGACUAUUGGUUUAAAGAAAAACCUCAGAGCCAAAAUUGUAAAAAAUUUAGCCACACUGAAAAAACUUGUUGUUUUAAGAAAUCCCACCAAGCUAAUUUUUUAAAAGAGAAAAAUGAUGAAAAUAAUCUCUUCUAUGUCUGCCAAGCUGCAUCAGAAGAAAAAGAUACUUGGUAUCUAGACAGUGGUUGUAGCAACUACAUGACAAAAAAUGAAAGCAUCUUUUGUAGUCUUGAUAAAUCCAAGACUAAAGUCAAAAUUGGUAAUGGUGACUUCAUGGAAGCAGUUGGGAAAGGCACCAUUGUCAUUGACACUAAAAAAGGAAAGAGAUACAUCAAUGAUGUACUCUUGGUACCCAACAUCAAUCAAAACCUACUCAGUGUAGGACAAAUGGUUGAAAAAGGGUACUUUUUACAUUUUGAAGGAGAUUCUUACACAAUCUAUGACAAGCAAGACAAAUCCUUUGAAAUUGCAAAAAUAAAAAUGAAAGAAAACAUAUGCUUUCCUUUACAAUGGUGA